AUAUGCAAAUGAGCUCCCUUUUUAAGAGCAGGAGGGUCUUCCUUGCCUUCUUUUGCCAUCAACUGUUCAAGAGACUACAAAGAACUCAAGAUCUGAAAAUGUCACGGACCUGGUUCCUAUGGGCUGCUAUUUGGGCUCUCCUGGCUACUACCACAGCUCAGCGCAGGUUCAGUGGCCGGAACAACAGAUGGGGACAAAACGGGAGCUGGAGAUACUCUGCUUACAAGACUUGGAACUCCAGCCUUUACCCCCGAUGGAGAGAAGGAGAUCCCAGACAGGGAAAUUGCUGGCGAGGUGGCAAUGUGACAGUUGAUAUCAGCAAUGAUGCCCCAACUUUAACAAGUGCCAAAAUCACAUUCAGGAUUGCUUUGCACUUUCCCAGGAAUCAAACUGUGCUGCCAGAUGGACGUGUAGUAUGGAGCCAGAACUGCAUCAUAAAUGGCACCCGUAUGAGAAAAGGGGAUCCUGUUUUCCCAGACCAGGAGGAUGAUACUUCCGAUUAUGUGUUUCCUGAUGGACAUCCCUUCUCCCCAAACGAUCGCCGGCCUGGCAAGUUUGUUUUUGUCUGGCAGACAUGGGGGCGAUACUGGCAAGUGGUAGGUGGUCCCACCUCCUCAUUGACUAUUGAAACAGCUAAUGUAGCUUUGGGCUCCUAUACCAUGAAUGUGGCAGUCUAUCAUUACCGGGGACGUGAGAAAUUCAUCCCUAUUGGUGGUACUUCCUCACAGUUCAGCAUCACAGACCAGAUCCCGUUCCAAGUGAACAUUGCACAACUUCUUGAUACCGAUGGGACAGAUAACCGUUUUGUGCGAAACCGAGCCAUCUCCUUUGCUGUGCAGCUCCAUGAUCCUAGUCAAUACCUCCAUGAGGCUGACAUCUCCUACUCCUGGGAUUUUGGUGACCAAAGCGGGACCCUGAUUUCUCGGGAAACCAUGGUCACUCACACCUACCUUUCUGCUGGUACCUUCAGCCCUCGUGUGGUGGUUCAGGCUGCCAUUCCUGUGGCCUCAUGUGGAGGCAGUACUUCAGAAGACCCAUUCGUCAUGCCCACAACCCUCAGGCCCACCACCACUCUGAGUGGAACAACUGUUCAAGCUUCCAGUGUGUUUUCCACCAUAAAUAGCAUUACUGGGGCAAGCACUGAAGAGGAUCUGACUUCUGUCCCAGCUUCUGCGACUUCAGUCCUUUCCACUGUAUCGUCAGCAGUAACUGAAGGGGCAACGUCUGUAGCCACAGUUCCUGCCACAAAUGUAAGUGCUGGGCCUGAAGGAGCGGAUUUAGCGGCUGCUUCUGUGGAACCUGCAGUUGUUGCAUCAUCCGAGGCAACUGAAGAUAGCGCAGACACUGAGGCUAUAACCAUUGCCGUGUCUGCGUCUCUCCCAAAUACCAUGGCAUUGGCAUCUACUGCAGCAACUGAAUCUCUACCAGGGUCUGUGGCUCCAGGUUCUUCAUCUACAAUAGUACCUGAGAAUGACCCAGGAACAGCGGAACCAACUGUUUUGUCCCCCAUUGCAUCUACAACUAUCUUUUCAGAUACCUCUGAAGACACAGCAGCCAUCAAUCCAGUGGAUUCAGUUAUGCCUGCCACAGGAACAGUUGCAGGAGAUGCGGUCCAGCUUCUGGUGAAACGUCAGGCACCCACUGGAUGCCUCCUCUAUCGUUAUGGAACCUUUGCCACUAAUCUGGACAUCAUCCAGGGCAUCGAGAGUGUGGAAAUUGUGCAGGUAAUGCCGCUGACGCCCGCUAUUGCUGAGAAUGCAGUAGAUCUUACUGUGACAUGCCAGGGAAGCCUCCCUGAAGAAGUCUGCACAACUAUCUCAGAUCCUGAUUGUGUGAUAGUCCAAGAGAGUAUAUGCAACCCUGUUCAGCCAAGCCCAGACUGCCAGUUUGUUUUGCGCCAGGCCUUCAACCAAUCUGGCCUCUAUUGCGUCAACAUCUCACUGGCUGAUGCCAACACCUUAGCUGUUGCCAGCACCCAAGUCAGCAUCCAGACAGAAAGAAAUCAAGCUUCAGCCCAAAUUACAUUUGUAGUUGGAAUGCUGCUGGUUAUUGCUGCCGUGGGAGCCGCUAUCUAUACCUAUCGGCAUUUGAGACACAUCCCUCUACGGGCCAUGAUGUCUGCUGGUGCUUCUCCAAGGAACUGGUUUCCUGACCGCACAGCUGUACGCCUCUUCCUUGGCCAGGCAUUUGGCCGGCGGGCCAGUGGGGAAAGCAGCCCCUUGCUCAGUGGCAACGUCAUCUAAGUGGAAGUCAACAAGUCUUGCAAACUAAAAACUGAAUGCAUUGAGCCAUUACUGAAAAAGGAAAUCAUGCCUCUUAUAUUUCCCUUAAGUUGAUACUUUUCUGAUACCAGCUGAGUAAACAGCCAGUUUGAGAUGCCAUCUCAGUACCUGCCUAGGUGGGGAGAUACAGACAGCACUGAAGUGUAGUUGUUUUUAGAGCACCACAAUCACAUUGAGUUUGUGCCAUGAUGUUCCUAGGAGAACAAAAUGGUAGUCAAGAGAGCUGUUCAUUUGGCUUUCUUCCCAUGACUUAUUUCUUUGGGUCAAGGAAGAAAUCAGCAAUGUAGUUUUGGGACAGUUAAGUUUUAAAUUAACUCCCUAUAGUUGACCGUGACUUCUAAUAAAGGAUAAGAGGGUUAACCCUGUUGAUCAAUUUCUCGUACUGACAGCACAUUCUAAAGCAGCCCCUCAAAAAUGGGGCUGACCCCAUUUUAUUUUCUAUGCCCCAUAACUAGAUGGGGGAAUGAAUCGUGGCAAGAAAGAUACAAGAGAGAUAGUAUUGUAUCGACUUUGUCUGCAGUGGCAUGAGCCCCAGUCAGCCACUGCAGACUUAUUUUCCCAAAUAAUAAUAAUAAGGAAAAAAAGAACCAGCAUUCUACCUUGUUUAAAACGGUUCACAGCUGCUUCCAAGACAUCCCUAGUAGUUCAUUGCUGUUAUGCAUAAGCAUUUCCCAGGGAAGAAGCACAUUAACUUCAACCCAUUUCAUGCAAACCCAGAGAGAACCAACAAGAUGCAGGCUGGUUUCAUUUAAGUCAAUGGAGCAUAACUAUUGUUUUAAAUUUUGUCUGUCCAUCUUUUCUUUAAAAAACACAGUAUCUCCUUUAUACACCAUGAAUAAAUAUAUCAAAAGUUUGAUGGA